UGGCCAAUCAGCGCCGAGCAGGUUUAGUUCCGGGAUGUUUGAUGAUGUGGCUGCAGAAGACACCAACACCGAAGCAGGAAAGAAAUAAGAAAAUAACAACAACAACAACAGCACCAGGAAUCCGCGGACAGGGCGGCGAUGCUGAGCCGACUGGCCCAGGGCGUGAACUCUGUCUUACAGGAGCUGUCAGGGGAGGAAAACCCUGAGGGAAGCCCACAGGAUGGCUUGGUCCCGUCGGGCUCUCCUGACGACAGCAUGGCCUCCGAGGGUCCCGGCGUGGGGGAGGACGUCCUGGACCGGCUGGCCCAGACGGAGCAGCUGGUGGUCCAGCUCAAGGAGGUCAUCCGAGAGAGAGACGCCAAGCUGCAGAGCGCCGAGCGGCAGCUGAAGGAGGAGCGUGAGGCGGCAGAUGCAAAGCUGUCCAAGCUCAAGCUGCAGGCCAAGGCCAAGGUGGUCACCCUCAACAAGCAGAUCGAGGAGCUGAAGGGCCAGGGGCGGCCCAGCGCUGAGGGCAGCCAGAGUCCUGAUGUCUCUCUCUCCCUGGCCCCGGGGCUGGAGGAGGAGCUGCAGCAGCUUCGGCUCCGCCUCCAGGAGGAGGAGUCUGUGAGCAGGACCCUCCGGGAGCAGCUCGAGGUGUCUGAGCAGCGCCUGCGUGAAAAGGAGGAGUCACAUGCUGAGCAGCUGCGUGUGCUCCAGGCGGUGGUGUGCGAGAAGGACGCGCGCUUCCAGGAGCAGGUGCAGAGACACGAGGAGGAGCUCCUGAGAGCGGCCGCGCGGAGCCAGGCCCAGACCGACUCCGAGCUGCAGCAGGCCCUGCGCGCCGCCCAGCGCCGCACCGAGGAGCUGGAGGAGUCCCUGCGCUCCCGCUCCCAGGUGCUGGAGGUGCUGCAGCAGGAGAUCCUCAGCGCCGACCAGCAGAAACAGAUCCUGACUGCACAGUUCAGACAAAUGGAGGCAGAGCUGACAGAGGCCGGGAGGCAGCGGGAGGAGCAGCAGCAGCGCUGGGCGGACGAGGCUGCCAAGGCAGAGGCGCAGCUGGCUGAACUGAGAGGGAGGCUGGAGGCAGCAGAGGGAGAGCGAGCUGAGACGGCUAAGAGAGAGGAAGAGGAGGCAGCAGAGAUAUCCUUCCUCAGGGAGAGGCUGGAGGCAGCAGAAAGUCUACCUCCAGAAGAGAGGGAGGAAGAGAAGGGAGAGGGCCCUUCCCUGCCUUCCGACCCGGGGCAGUGUUUGUCGGCCCUGCAGGGGGCGCUCCGAGCUCUGGAAACAAAGCUGAGCAGUCUGAGCGAAGAGAAGCGGGAGAGCGAGGCUCGCUGCUCUGAGCUAGCGCAGUCUCUGGAGGCUCUGCAAGGACAACUGCACAAGAGCAUUGCAGAGGGGGAGGAGUCAGCUGCAAGGAUCCAACAGCUGGAGGAGCAAAUCACCACCUGGCAGGAUCCAGUCAAGUCUAUGAGUGAACAAAGGCCUGAUUUGCGCCAAGGAGAUCAGAUCGCUGCAGCAACAGGCGAUACCACGCAGGGUGAGGAAGGGUCAGACGGCGCCUGUCAGCCUUCAGGUCCACACAGUGCCCAGGACACGGCUGGGGACCCCCAGGCACCAGCACAGGAGUCCGAGCAGUGUCGUCCGGAGGAAGAAGGGGCAGAGCUCACCCCGGAUAGGGGGAGGGCCGAGGGGGGGGGCACACCGCUGGCUGGAGAUCCAGAAGAGGGCGUGACCUCCGACGGUUCACCAGGGAGCGGCACAGAGCAGAGUGCACCGGGUGGUCUGCCAAAUGGCAGAGAGAGGGGGGCUUCCCUGGCAGAGGAGAAUGGCAUGGCUGUGCUCCCUGAGCCAGGAAUGGACAGACCAGAGGAGGAAGGCUCUGCCCUGCCUGCGGCUGCAGAGACCCCCUCACGGCUGCCAGAAUCGACUGCCAUGUCAGGAAGCAGCCAGGUCUCAGAGGAGCUAGUAGGAGCGGUUUCUGUUGUGACGCAGCGCGAGACUGGGCUCCAGGAAGGAAGUGAAGAGCAUACACUUGCAGGGCAGAACCGCAGCGAGAUACAUUUCACGUCCUGGGAAGGAGGUUCUUUCGAGCAGAGCUCCUCCACAGACAGUGCGGUCCAGGUGAAGUCAUCAACCACCACAGUGGAGCGCAGGAGCACGUCCGUCGUCAUUCAGAAGAGGCGCAUGGAAGUGUGGGGCCAGCAGGGGGCGCUGUUGCACAGUGCAGACUCUGCACCAUGCUUGGACUCUCUCACCCAGGAAACGGGCCAUUUGGCAGAGCUGGAGGGAAGGUGUAAAGAGCUGCAGGCUGUGCUGCAGCAGAGGGACAUGGAGCUCCAGAACCUGAGGGAGGCAGUAUCGGAGUCCCAGCGGAAAACUCAGGAAGCAGAGGGGGCUCUUCAGGCCCUGCUAGACGUCAGGAAACAAGCAGAAGCCCAGAUGCAGCAGCAGCGGGAAGGGCUGGAGGCCGCCAGGGCAGAGCUCAGCCAGAUGGCCCAGCUCAGGAGCUCAGAGCUGGAGAGCCGCAGCCUGGAGUGCGGGAUGCAGGAGGAGCAGCUGCGCAGCCUGGAGACGGAGUCCCGCACCAAGGACCAGAAGAUCCAGGCUCUGCAGGCCGACAUGGACCGGGUGCAGCGCAGCCUGGCUGAGCAGGAGGGCCUGGCCAGGGCGCUGAGGACCAAGCUGGGGGAGAGGGAGGAGGCACUGGCCAGGUUGCAGGAGCUCUCUGAGGCCGCCAGCGCUGCGGAGACGGCACUGGCCCAGAAGGCCGCGGAGAUAGGAGACCUCAAGCAGCUCCUCGCGCAGAAGGAGCAAGAGAUGCGCGAGCUAAAUGACGGCAUGUCUUCUAAACUGGUGCAAGCAGGAGAGGAGAGGUUCGCGCUGACAAGUCAGGUGGCGAAGCUCAGAGGGCAGCUGUCGGAACUGGAGAAGGCCUUGGAGGAACGGGAGAGAGCGGCGGGGAAAGGAGAGGGAGGGGACGGGGAGAAAGAAGAUGGCCCCCCGGACGGAGAGGAGCUGGAGAGUCUGCGAAAGGAGAGCGAUGCCCUCAGAGCCCAGAUGGAAACGAUGAAGGGCGAGGGGGAGCAGGUGAAGAGGAAGCUGCAGGCCGCACUGGUGCACCGCAAAGAGCUGAUGAAGAAGAUGGAAGAGAUGAAGAGGGACAUGGAGAGAAGGGAAGGGGAGGCCCGGGAGAACGAUGAGAGGAGCAGAGCCAAGGAGCUGGAAAAGGAGGCCGAAGUCCAGAACCUCAUCCGGGAGAGAGAGAUGCACCGAGAGAGGGAGGAGGAGAUGUCAAAAUUGGAGGCCGCACUGGAGGAGGCCAGGCAACACCUGAUUGCAAGAGACGCCCAGCUGGAGACCCUGAAAGGGAGAAUUGCCGAGCAGGACCAGGCGCAGGACAGCGAGAAGCAAAACGCGGAGAGCCAGACGGAUGCCGCGGUCCCCUCCGGUAUCCCCCUGGGCCAGAGCGGCUCUCCAGCAGGCGGGGAUGAGGAGGAGAAGGCCGAGCUGCGCCGCAGGCUGGCCUCCCUGGAAGCAGAGCGCGAGUCCCUGCAGAGGAAGCUUCAGGAAGCGCUGGCCUCCCGCAAGGACACCAUCCGCAAGGCCAAGGAGAAGGACCGGCACCACCGGGAGCAGCUGAAGCAGCAGAAGGACGAUUACAACGGGCUGCUGGAGCGCUGCGAGGAGCAGGGCCGCGAGAGGGAGGGGCUGCUGCAGCGGCUCGGGGAGCUGGAGGGGCUGCGGGCGGCCCGGCGGGGGCCCGGUGGCGGCGGGGAGCAGGCGGAGAGAGCCGGAGGAGGCUGGGGCCGGGAGGACUGGGUGGACUUCGCCGGGCCGGAGGAGGAGCAGCAGCAGCAGCAUCGGAGCCCGCCGGUUCAAGAAACCAGGACCAGAGCCGGCGCGGAAACAGAGGCCGCCCCGGAGAAGCCGGGGGGAGAGGCGCUGGCCGAGCGGGAGGCCCGGCUGGAGCUGGAGAGGCGUCUGCAGGAGGCGCAGGCCGGCCUCGCCCUCAGGGAGUCGGAGCUGGGGGAGCUGCGGGAGGAGGUGCAGGGCCUGCGGGAGAAGGAGCUGCAGAUCGACACGCUCUCCGGGGAGAUCGAGGCCCUGAGGGAGAAGUGUCUGCAGGCGGAGGCCAACGCAGAAGCCCUGAGGUCAGAGGUGGAGGGGAAGGGAGGUGGAGGUGGCGGCGGGUUCGACUCCCCCAUCGCGGGGCUGCAGGCUGAGGUCGAGGAGUUCAAGGCGUUCCUGAGCCGCAAGAACGAGGAGAUCUCGGAGCUGAGCCGGCAGCUGGGAGAGCAGAACGCCCUCCUGCAGCUGAUGCAGGAGACCGUCUCCGAGAAGGACCAGCUCAUCGCCUCCCUGCAGCACGGCCUCCGAGCCGAAGAGGAGCGGAGGCAGAAGCUGGAGGCAGAGCUCCCGGCCAGGCAGCCGCAGGGGGAGGGAGAGGGGGAGGGCGGCAGCAGAGAGUCGCGAUUGCAGCAGCUGCAGAGGAAGCUGCAGGCCGCCCUCAUCUCCCGCAAGGAGGCCCUGAAGGAAAGCAAGGCGCUGAAGGAGGAGCUGGCCGCCGCGCAGAGGGAGGGGGCAGAGCUGAGGCAGAAACUGCAGGCCGGGGAAGCAGAGACGGAGAGAGGGAGAGUGGAGAGGAAGAAGCUGAUCGAGGAAGUGGACCGGGCCCUGCUGGAGAACCAGAGCCUCGGGGCGUCCUGCGAGAGCCUGAAGCUGGCCAUGGAGGGCGUCCUGCAGGAGAAGGACGCAGCCCGGAAGGAGGCCGCCCUGGCGAGGGAAACGGCGGCCCGGGAGACCCGCGAGUGGGCGGAUAAGUUGCGGGGUCUCCAGGAGGAGUACGAGACGCUGCUGCGCUCCUAUGAGAACGUGAGCGACGAGGCCGAGCGCGUGCGGCGCGUGCUGGAGGCGGCCAGACAGGAGCGGCAGGAGCUGGCGGCCAGAGCCAGGGCCCAGGAGGCGGCCCGGCGUGAGGCGGAGGAGCGGGCCGAGGAGGCCCGGGGGGAGGUGGAGGCCAUGAAGGAGAAGAUGCGCAAGUUUGCCCGAUCCAAGCAGCAGAAGAUCCUGGAGCUGGAAGAGGAGAACGAAAAGCUGAGAGAGAGGGAGGAGGGCUCCGGGGCCGACGGCGAGCUGGAGAGGGCCCGAGGGGAGCUGAAGGCAGCGGCUGCUGAGCUGGAGGCGGCCAGGGCGGAGCGGGACUCGAUCGAGCAGGAGGCCAACGAGCUCAGGCAGAGGCUGGAAGAGGAGCAGGCCGGGGGGAAGGUCCGGCCGCAGGAGGGAGGCCUUGGGGUAGUGGAGGAGCCUCCGAUCGCCGCUGCCCAGCAAACAUGCACGGUCACGGCCUCAGCCAGACAGGACGUUCUGGACAGCCGCGCUGACAGUGCGACGCAAACGGACCAGGCAGAUACUUUACACACGUCCCGGCGGGACACUGUAGUAGAGGACCCAAAGACUGGAACUCCAGAGAGAUCGACAGAGUCGGAGAGCACACAAGGGCCAGAGCAUGCCCAGGAGGAGGCAGCUGCAGAUGACUUGAGAGAGACCUCUCCCCUCGAGGCUAGGGCAGAGGGGGUCUUGGGACAAGAGGCAGGAGCAGCUCUUGCUGGGCAGCUGGCCUCUCUGGAGCAGCAGCUGCAGGAGAGCCAGGCAAAGGAGGUCAGCCUCCGUGGGGAGGCUGCGAGAUUGGAGGCAGAGCUGCAGGCGUCCCAGUCCCGGCUGGAAGCUCUGGAGGCCGAGAAGGAUGACCUGGAGGAAAGGCUCAUGAACCAGCUGGCUCAGCUCAACGGCAGCAUCGCCGCCUACCAGCAGGAGGCGGCGGAGAGCUGCGAGCGCCUGGCAGAGCUGGAGCAGGAAAGGAAGAGGCUGCAGGAGAGCGAGGCCCGGCUGGAGAGGGAGAGAGCGGAGUGGGAGGCCGAGGCCGAGGGGGCGAAGGAGCGGGCCGCCAGGCUGGAGGAAGACAAGAGGCAGGCCCAGAGGGAGAGGGCGGAGGCGGAGGCCGAGGCCGGCAGGCAGAGGGAACUGGAGGAGAAGCUGAAGUCCGCGCAGCGAGGCCGGGAGGGCAGCCAGAGCCACGUCCGGCAGCUGCAGGAACUCCUGCGGGAGAAGCAGAUGGAGGUGAGGCAGCUGCAGAAGGACUCCAUCCGGUACCAGGAGAGGAUCAGCAGCCUGGAGAAGACGGCGAGGGCCCUGACGCUCGGCGGGGAGGAGGCACGGCGCGAGCUGGAGGCUGCGCGCCUGGAGGUCUCCGCGAGCGCCGAGGGGAGGAAGAGAGUCGAGGCAGAGCUCGCCACCUCCAAGGUGCGGCUGGACGACGCUCAGAGUGAGGCGGGGCGGGCGCUGGCGGAGAAGCGGGCGGCCGAGGACCGGACGAGGCAGCGGGAGGGCGAGAGCAAGGCGGAGGCGGAGCGGAGGCUGGAGGCGGAGAGGCAGAGGCUGGGCGCGGCGCUGAGGCAGGCGGAACAGAGGCUGGAGGAGGCCCUGAAGGAGAGGGAGAGGCAGGCCGCGGCGGCCCAGGAGGCCAGGCAGGCGGCGGAGGGGCGCGGGGGCCAGGCGCAGCAGCUGCAGUCGCGCCUGGACGAGGCCCUGGCCCGGCUGGCGGCCUUCUCGCGCGCCAUGUCGUCGCUGCAGGAUGACCGGGACCGCGUGCUGGACGAGGCGAAGCAGUGGGAGAGCCGCUUCCACAGCGCGCUCCAGGCCAAGGAGGCCGAGGUGCGGCAGGGUGAGGCGCAGGCGCGGGAGCUGGAGGAGCGCCUGCUGGGCGAGGCGGCGCAGAAGGAGGAGCUGCAGGGCGCCGUGGACAGGUCAGUCACGAGCGUGCACGGGUCAGCAAUGAGGGUGGACAGGACAGUUGGGACCCUUCAAUCCUUUCGCUCCCAGGCUUCACCCCCUUUGUCUCUCCCUCCGCAGGUGAUGAUGGAGAAGGAUGCCCUGAUCCAGGAGGCCGCAGGAGAGAACAACAGCCUGAAGGGGGAGCUGCGCAGCCUGCUGGCGCAGAGGGACGACCUCAAUGCCGAAAAGGCGAAGCUGAGCGCCGAGCUCCACGGCUACAGGGACGACCUGACCCAGGUGCUCAGCAUGAAGGAGUCCCAGCACCGGCAGCUGCUGAGCGCACAGCUGGAGCGCGUGGGCGCCCUGGAGAGGGAGAGGGAGCAGGGCCAGGCCAGGGUCCGAGAGCUGGAGAGCAGGAUACAGGAGCUGGAGAGGGAGAGGGCAGAGGCAGAGGGCAGGAUACAGGAGAGGGAGAGGGCAGAGGCAGAGGGCAGGAUACAGGAGAGGGAGAGGGCAGAAGCAGAGGGCAGGAUCAGGGAGAGGGAGGAGAGGCAGGGAGAGGUGAGGGAGGUGGAGAGAAGCGCAGACGGAGAGACGGCGCGGGGCCCGGCCGCCAGCGAGCGCGAGAGCGAGGCGGAGGAGCUGCGAAGAGCCCAGGAGCGGAUCGCCUCCCUGGAGCGCGAGCUGCGCUGGGACGCGGGCGUGACGCGCACCCAGGCGGAGGCGGCGGAGGAGCGCGUGGCGGAGCUGUCGCGUGACCUCCUGGAGACCGAGCAGAGGCUGCUGUCGGCCCGGGAGGAGGCCGCCGAGCUGCGGGUCCAGAGCGAGGCGUUCGGGCGGUCCAUGGCGUCGCUGCAGGACGCCCGCGAUGAGGCGCUCAGCCGGGCCCAGGCUCUGCAGCGCCGGCUGGAGGAGCUGGAGCAGGGGGCGGGCUCGCCUUCGCCCCCUGCUGGCCGCCAGGGGGAGGUGCAGGCCCUGCGGAACGCACUGGCGGCCCUGCAGAGCGACCGAGAGAGGCUGCUGGAGGAGCUACAGCUGCAGAAGGCCCGGUGCACCACGCUGGAGAAGGAGGCGGUCGGCCUGGCCAAGGUGACCCAGGAGCUGGAGGAGGAGAGGAGGAGGCUGGAGGCAGCAGAGCAGCUGGCCAGAGAGAGGCUGGAGGCAGCAGAGCAGCUGGCCAGAGAGAGGCUGGAGGCAGCAGAGCAGCUGGCCAGAGAGAGGGCGGAGACAGCAGAACAGCAGGCCAGAGAGAGGACGGAGGCAGCAGAACAGCAGGCCAGAGAGAGGACAGAGGCAGCAGAACAGCAGGCCAGAGAGAGGACAGAGGCAGCAGAACAGCUGGCCAGAGAGAAAGAGGCUGAGCUCCAGGAACUGGAGACGCUCAGGCAGGAACGCACGGGCUGGCAGUCCCAGGCAGAGCUCCUGAAGCAGCAGUUCCUGGUCGCGCUGUCCGACAAGGAGCAGCAGAUUCGCGACCUCAGUGCGCUGUUGCAGGACGUGAGGUCAUCUGGCCCUACCCAUGUCAGGCCAAAGGUCACAGAGGAGCAGUACCAGCGAGAGGCUUCUCCAGGGGCAGACCUGUCCAGCGAGGCCCUGGCCUCGGAGUUGCGUGCCCUGCAGACAGAGAGCGGGCAGCUGAAAGGUCAACUGAACGAGUCCCUGAAGGAGCUCCACCUGAAGGAGCUCAAGAUCCAGCAGCUGAAUAACAAGCUGUCCCAGGUGUUUGAAGAGAAGCGGUCCGUCUCGGCCCAGCUCCGGGGUAGUGCUCAGAGGCUGAACGAGGCACAGAGCCGCUGCGGCGCCCUCCAGAGGCAGCUCCAGGAACUGCAGGAUGAGAAGAGCAAGGGCUCCCCUGAAAUCGACAGUGCCCCCGGAGCACCCCAGGAGAGAAAUCUCACGGACAGCAAAGGGAGUGGGAUGGAUAUCAAGGAGCUGCUGCACAGGCUGGAAGAGGAGCGGGAGAGGAGGCAGGCCCUGGAGGAGGAGCUGGGAGCCGCGGAGGAGCGCCUCAAACGGUCCACUGUGAGUGAGUGGAUGUCUCAGCAGGAUGUGGAGCCCCUGGAGCAUGCUGUUCUGAUCGAGCCACCAGAGGGCGCUGUCACCAAAAUGCGGAGUGGAGGGCCCGGGCUGUGCAGAACUCUGCGCUCGCUGUUCUGCUCCCGACAGCGCACCCCCCUGCUGGCCACCCUGUACCUGCUCACGGUGCACGUGCUGCUGGUGCUGUGCAUGGGGGGCUACCUUUGAGACACAGUCACACAGACGGACUGGCCACCUGGUGGGAAGAGAGAGAGAGCCUGACUCUGCCCAAGAGAGCCUGAGUAAAGCCUGACUUUACUCAUGGUACUCUGGGGAGCGUCUCUGAAAGACAGAUACAAAAGUAACAUCACUACGACACCUUGGCAUUUGAAAGCACAGAUAGACACCUCCCCUUCAUAUUUCUAUAAGAAUAUUUUUUUUAUUUUUUGUAAAGAAUUUCCUCUACCUGCUCACUCUGUAUAUCCUGAUCUUUGUGGGCCUGGGCAGACUUCCUGAAGGACAGUUUGAUAGACAUGUAUAUAUCAAAAGAACUGACAUGCCGGCAGGCCCAGAUAGUGAAAGGGAAAACUGACAGGCACUGAAGGGCAGGUUAAUAGCACCCUCCAUAGCCCUGGGCCCCUGGAGUGAAUCACUUGCGUUAAUCAGCUGAACUCAGCAUCACGGAUGCGCAUUGAAUUACAGAUGUAAAUAACAUUCGCGCAGACAAUGAAUUUUUGAUAUAGUGCUCUUUAAUGUAAAGUGACAAGCAGAUUCAAGAGGGAAUAAUGAGCUUUUCAGAGAUAACGCAUUAGAUUUUUGGGGAAACCUUUCCUGCUGGUUCCUGUUACCUGUUCUUGGAUCAUGGUCUUUCGGGGUCCUUUGAAAUCCAUUGGCUCCCAGUUUUGCUUUUACAGGCACAAGUGUGCUCUGGAUCUUCGUUCCUGUAACACUGUGUUGCUAAGAACUGGAUAAGUCACCCAAUUUUAAUGGCUCACACCUCUGCGCAGCACUGGGACAAACACAGCGUCCAGUCGGGGACAACCCCGGUGGCCCGGAGAUAGGGGCAUUUGGGGGUAUAAAGAUGAGCUGUUUGUGUUACUGAAGAGUGAAAAAGCGACACGCUGUGUCUGGACUGGCGAUCCCGUCUUUUAUCAACCUUGUUUUUUCCUGUCUCCCUCUUUCCUGUGUUCUCUGAGGGCCUGGGUACUCAGAGUCCUCGGCCCCUCGAGGAAGGGGCUGUGGACAUUUCUGUGAAACCGGGGAGGUUAAUGGGACUUUUAGUUAACUACAUUCCAGUGGAGGGUUUAGGUGCUUCUCUGUACUACUAUCAUGUUAUUUUAUCAUUUUGUUAUUAGUUGAAGGUGAUUUCUUCCUCAAUGAUUCUUUUCUGUAAAGGACAGUGGGAAGAAACCUGUAGUUCUUCAGCCCUGGUCCUGGAGAGACCGGCCCAGGCAGUUCUGGGGUCCCCAGCCCUGGUCCCAGGGAGCCCCAGUCCGAUUCUGUCACCCCAAGACUCCUGGUUUUCAGUUUGCAACCUAUUGAUCCACCGAGCAGAUCAGUCUGUUCGAGGGAGCUCUAGACUUUGGGACUCGGAGGGAAUUCUGAUUUUUAUUCAGAUGAAUAACUCAACAAGCUGCCUGUUGAGUGGAUGGCCGAUAAUUUUUUUCGGCUCUUAAGGAAUUGAUGAAUUCGCGGUCACCUAUAUAACCUACUGAACAGGGCUCUGCUGUAACAGGGUUCGAGCCUCCUGCUGGAGGGACUCUGGGAUGGGACUGGUUUCUAAGCACAAUGUCAGCUCUGUGUUUAUCAAUCUGUAUGACCAGUGUAAAAUAACCCUUCUCACACCUUUUAUAAAUAAAAUGUAUUAUUUAUGGGCAAA